AUGGCUGAAGAGGUUUUUAUCCGAGCUCCCAGCAAUUGCAGCAGGCCAGAAGGUCAACCUCCAAGUGCGCCAUCGGCGCUAGAAGCUGUCAGACAUAUCGCACAAAGCAAUGGAAAUAAUGGAGUGGCUGCAAGCGAGAGACCGGACGUCUCGACAGUCCGUCGUCUACCAACAACAGACGUGGAAGCUUCAAGCCCGGUCAACCCCGAUCGCAAUGUCCCUGUCAAUGGGGAAGUGGAUGGUCCGGAUAAUGCUUUGCAUCGUACAACCAUAGCUGAUCCGGUAUUACCAUCCGGUCCAGCUCUAGGAUCACCCGAUACACCAGAAGCUAGAGAAAUUAUACAGAUGGGCUCACCGGAACCAGUGCCAACUCGCAGGGAUUAUAAUCACUCAGGGAUCUCAAGGCCUCAUCCUGCCACCGGAGAGCCCGACGUGGAAAGAUCACACAUACAGAAAGUGCCCCUUUCAAUUAGGCUCGCAAAUGGCUUUUUCCCUUCUUCCUUGUGGAAGCGAUUGCGCCACCGGAAUGGUAGCGGCGAAAACUCUGAGGAACACAGAAGCACUAAAAUUGAUGGUGUGCAAAUCAUCACUAAUGUUAAUGUGCCACUCACAGACUAUACAAAUUUUAACACCAAGGUUAAGGAUGAAAAAGCCACAUUACAGGAGCUUGAAAUGAUUCGCACACCAGACAAUCGCAUUGUACCUCAUAUUGUCAUUUCCUGUGCCAGCAAUAUUAGAAAGAGAGAUGUAAGGGAAUCUCUAAAGCAAAAGUUACAACCAUCCGAGAUGUCAGGUCUGCCAUGGGUUGUCAUAUACGAUAUCACAAAAUUUGCGGCCGCCUCAGCAUCCCCAGAUGGGACUUUGCCAGCAACAGAAGACGAUGGCUAUUUGUGUGCCACUAUACUGAGCGAUAAAAUUGAAGAGAACAACUGGGAUGGAUGUCUAUCUGCACCCCUAUACGUGUUUCCGAAACCUCUCAUAGGUGAGGCCGCCGAUAGGUCGGCUUUUUACGCCAAAUGUACGCUCGGAGGAUUUGUUACAGUGGAAGGUCAUAUAUUUGGUCUCACUGUUGCUCAUCCUCUGAUCGACGCCAAAUCGAAAAAACAUGAGCAUAUUAUAACAGAUAGGCCGUUGAGGUAUUUCACAGUGGGCAACAUAGUUGCGUAUCUUCUGAGCUCUGGGCAUUUCGACGACACUUUUGAACAAGGAAAACUGAGCAAUGUCAUGCCAAACACCGACUGGGCUCUCAUUGAACUGAAGAGUAGCCGGGCCGCUGCUAAACUUGAAGCUGUAAAACACGCAGAGUUAGAGGUGGCGCAAGACGCAGAUCUCAAGCCACGGAGUGUUCUCGUCCGGGCUGGCUUUAGCGGACAGGCCAAAGGCAGACUGAGAAUCACCAGAUCAAUCCUGCAACAUGGUUCAACUAGCUUAAGUUUGAUGCCCAUUGACAUGGAUAAGACCCUUGACUCCGGUGACUCCGGUUCGUUUGUCUACCUCGAUGAAAGAAUUUGUGGGACCAUAAUCGCUUUUCGAAAGUCCUUACAAAGGGCCUAUAUGUUGCCUAUAACUGAUACUAUGGGGAGUAUAUCACAGCUGUUUAAAGGCGUUCCAGUGCUGCCAAAAGCUGUGAUUAGCCCGCAAGUAGACAGUGCAUCCCUAUCCAGUCCAGAAACAAGGCCAACGCACGAUGGAGAAGCUACAAUUAAUGCCGAAGCAAGACAAGAGAACUGGCUAUCACAACAUCAGACGGGGUUCGGGUCAUCCGGCAAUGUGGGCGCUACUGCUGAAGCGGAGAGCUCUAACCCUAUUGACACCAUUAACAGCAUGAAGAAACAUGCAACGCGCGAUGAACAUCAUGGCAGUUCCUCUGAUGUAGUGGAUAGUAGCAAAGAAAAAGGAGUCAUCGCCCCAUCCAAUGACUCCAAUCUGGCAGAGGAACAUCCUGCAGCUGUGGACGAUACGGGUCAGCCAUCUCCCUUAGGCUUGCAGGAUCACCCACAGACCCUCAGCUACUCGCCCUCGUUGCCUCUUUUAAACGCCCUCAUUGGCAUUCCACUCCCUGUGGACAAUCUUGUUCUUGGGAGUGUUGUUGCAGAUAUUCGUAGUCCCCAUAUUGAUGCCAUGACCCUAAUUGAUCCGGAUCUCGCGCGCCAUCAAAGAACGCCAAGAACGCUUCGUUCUACCGACUCCGACUUUGGUAUUGCGGUGCAAACUCAGCCAAAUGAAACAGCUCUCUUUGGGAUAACGUCAGACUAUCGACAGACGGUCGAACUUCUGGAACCAAUGCACAUUUUCUACGAGACAGGAACAUGGGGGUACUUGCCAAUGCGCUUUUUCUACGAGAGAGGAAUGUGGCGGUACUUGCAGCGACGGUACUUGCAGCGACAGACUACGAAACUCUACUUUGUCACUGGCUACGUUGCCCUGUGCAAUCCCAAAUGGAUUACCCUCAAGCAUGGCUUCAGCAGUGAUCUGGCGGGCCCCUCGUCUCGAGUUGGCCUCCGAAAUGGUUCUAAGCUAGCAGAGGAGAAGCCUACCCUAUUCUUUCCUGGAAAGAGAGUCUUUGCUGUCAGUUACCGUGAGAUAAAGCUUCCCCGGUUUGGCAAGCCCAAAUUGGAUACACGGACACAGUGGGAGGUUCUCUAUCCCACAAGGGGCUCACUGGAUUUAGGGUAUUAUCACUGA